AUGUGGUUUGUCACAAAAGCUACAGUGUCUCCAUCAGCCGGACAGCCCACGGCUCAAAUACGACGUCCAACUACGGUAGUCGUGACCACUACGAUAAGACCGACGACGUUAUCUUAUGCUACAAGCCAGAGGAAUGCAUUACCAGUUACGGUGAAGCUACCGUCGCAGUAAGUUUGAGAUUAUUUGGAGUUUUAUGUGGUUUAGGGAUAUAUUGUAGUAGGUGAUAGGAAUUAAUUUGCUGUUAUGGAUGUGAGUUUGUUAUAAGGCUGAAAUUUUUGUUGAAUUUUUAUUAGGGUUUACUUCUACUUCCAGUGGAAUUUUACGGGUUUUUGAUUGUUAAAAAAGAAGUUAUGGGCAUUUGUCUAAUUGGUAUAGAUGGGUGAGAUCAAAGACCAAACUUAAAAAAACGUUUUUUUAUUAUUUUUAGUUUUUAUAAGUGUUUUAGGUAAAAUACGGUAUCUUAAGUUUUUCGUAUUAAAAUAAACUACUAAUUGGAGUCUUUACGAAGGUGUAGAGCUAUUUAUCUUGAAGUAGGCAAAUGUGGUUGAGAAUAAAAAGUCAGAAUCUUGAUAAAAUAAAAUAUUUAAAAUACACACCUUAACACUUUUGUUUCCAGAAACAACCUCAGAGUGCCCCGCCUCACCGCCACAGUCCGUGAUGAUCGUCGUAUUGCGGUGGAACGGCCGAUGAGUGCCGUUCUUCAAUCUUCAAGUGCUCGUGUCAGACCAAUCGACCCAAAAUACAAAGACAAAAGCAACAGAGCUUUUGUUGCCUUCCGAAAAGAACAACAACAAAAGUUUGCAGCUGUUGUGGACAAACGAAAACGUGAAUUUAGUCAUCCACCACAUCAUCUACAACAACGUCAGCCUUCAGGGUCGGUCUCAAGUUGUACUGAAAGUAAAAUGUCAGUUUCACCAAAGAGUGAGCACGAAUCUGCAGCUUCAAACUCUUCAAUACCACCCGAGUAUCAGUACGAACAGAAUGGGAUUAAGGAGGACGACGAGAACUCUCAAGAAGACCUAAAGAUCACGGUGAAUGGCGACGUGGAGAUGAAGGAUCAGACACGGAUACACAUCCAACCUUACGAAUAUCACAACGAUCAUAUGAAUAUACAGCCGCCAGUCCAGCAAUAUCAACGGAAUAGUCAGCCACCAACUAUUGCUGGCUAUGAUCUGACAAGAUACGAAAUGACCGGUCAAUUUGUCGAUGGACAGCCGGUGGUUAAGCCGAGACGGCCAGGCAGGCCUAGAAAGACGGAUCCACCAAUCAUUAGGACUCCAAAAGAUACCAAGAGAAGGAAGCUGGAUGAGGAAAGUGCUAGCGAGAAGAGGAGGAAACAGAAGCCACCGAGAAGGAGCUUGGAACAGGAGAUAUCAGUAGCUGAUUCUUAUAUGUUGGUAAGUAAUAUUUGUUUGUUUUCUUGAAUUUUAGGUUGACGAAUUGAAGAGUUUUAUGCUCAAAAAUUGAUGUUUUAGUCAAUUUUUUGGUUUUAAAUUUUAAAUCUUUUUGGUUUUUAUUAAUUAAAUUAUGAUUUUAGACGAUUUAUAACUAAAACGAUUUAGAAUAUCUUAAUUUUUUAUACUUAAAAACAUGUCUUUCAGACUAUUUUGGACCAAAACAUGAUGUUUUAGGUUAAAAUUUGUCAUUUUUUCGAUUUUUAGGUAAUAAAAAUGAAAUUUUGAGACAUUUUGAUACCUAAAACAAUAAUUUUAGACAGGCUUCGACGAGGAGGAUAUUCAGUUCAUUAGAAAACAGUUCGAAGCACAGCAAAUGUCUUCGGAAAUCCCAUGGAAACAACAAAUCCCCUGGAGGGAUCACAGUGUUCCACCCAGGAUGAAAAUGAUUGUAAGUUGGGAUGUUGACCAUGAUGUAGGAUGAGGCUUGAUAUAGAGGUUUUGAUUAAUUUUUGAGGCUUGAUAUUAAGGCUUAGAGUUAGUUUUUAAGGAUUUAGGUUAAAAAGUAGAUAGAAAAGACUAAGUUUUAGGCUAAAAAAGCUAAGUAAGACUUGUUAUAUGUUAAAAUUAGGAAAAACGCGGAUUCUAGGGACUUUUAGACCAAAAAAAUAUUAAUUUUAUAAAAAAUUGAAAGUUAUAUCUAUGGAUAAUAUAUUGAAAAAUGUUUUUACCUUUAACAACAGCCUUUUUACAUUGAAAAAACGCUUUUUUAUCUUUUUAACUAGCUGUUUCACCUUUAAUAUCAACAUUUUCAGCCCCAACCAGCUCGCUUCGACUACAAGCUGGGCCGCCCAGAACCCUAUUUUGAAGACCCCGAACUAUGGGAUGUGGUUCCGGUUUCGUCGGGCUGCGCCCGCGCCGAACCUUACCGCAAACUGGAGGAUUCGGACAAAAUCAAAGCCAAACGAUCUCAGAAAAUGAUUGAAGAAAUCUUGGUAAAUAGUUGAUUUUUAGUGGUUAGAUUGGAGCUUUUGAUAUAUUUUUUAAAUUUUUGUUUGGUUUUUAGUUUGUUUUGCACUUUUAUUUAGGUAAAGAAGGUAAAGAGCACAUUUUUUUGACUUUGCACGGUGCACAGCUUUAGCUUUGUUAAUUUUUAUAAGUUGAGUAUUUAUUUAUUGCUUGUGAGCUGCUUGUUUUGUGUGUGUUUAUGUUGUUAAUAAGUUGUUAUGGAGAUAAAUUUCUUGUUUUUUAUUUAAGGUUUGAUGUGGUUUUUAUGUUUUUAACAAUUUUAUGGCGGUUUUUAGAGAAAAAUUAGGUAACUCUAACGUUUUCUUUCAAAAUCUGGGGAAUUUUAAGUUUUUUUUGGAUUUAUCACUAUUAAAAAAUAAUAUUUUUUACCUAAAAAGGCUUUUUUGGUGUUUCAAGGCCAGUUGUAAAGCUCGUCAAUAAGAAUUGGACAGCUUUAUUAACAAAAACAAUAGAAAAUGGUCAAUUCUUUUUGACAUGGGUAUAAAAAGUUUUUUUUGGUUUAAAACGUCGAAAAAAUAAAAAUUUUAACGAUUUUGUGUAUUUUUUACCUAAAAAAUUUUUAAAACGAAAUAUUUUUUUUUAAUUUUUAGACGUUUGGGUAAGGGACAAGGGUGGUCUACACCUUCUUUUUUCUUUUAAAAAAUUAGUAAUAACGUCUUUGUAUUUAGUCUUUUUUUCGUUUUUUAAAACUUUAAAUUUUUUAAAACUUUUUUAAAUUUCUGACUAAUUUUCCCUCUAUUUUCAGAAAGACCGUGCCCUAGUCCACGAAUCCACGGAAUCCCGUGGCUUUUCGAAGCGACGCGAAGCCGCAAGAAACGAUUCCCAAUCCAGCGACUCCACCGAUCCCUACUCACAUCAGGCCAAUAUAACGAAAAAACUGAGGCAAAAGAUCACCAAAGUGUCAUUGUCAGCGAUUCAUGGCUGGGGUCUGUUCGUAAUGGAAGCCUGCGCCCCAGGCGAACUUAUCAUCGAGUAUAUUGGGGAAGAGAUUCGAAUGGAAGUGGCAGAAACAAGGGAGAGGAAGUAUAAUGAACAGGGGAAAUUGGUCUACAUGUUCAGUUAUGACAGAGAUUGGGUAGAUUUUUUGAUAACAUUUUUUAAUUUUUUGAGCGGAACAGGGAGGGGUAGGGUGGCGUGGAUUUUUUAGUUUUUAGAGAAGGGAGGGGUAGUUAGAUCGGAGAUGGAUUUUUCUGAGACGGGAGUGGUGGUUCUGCCGGAUUAUUAUUUUUUGAAGAGGGAGGGGUUGAGGGUGGAUUUUUUUACUUUUUAGAGGAGGGGGGGGGGAGGGGGUAGGGGCGGGUGUGGAUUUUUUAGUUUUUGAACAGGGCGAGUUGAAUAUUAAUUUUCAAAUCUGGCCUAAAAACCUACACCCUUUGAAGCCGAACAAUCAUAUUCACCUAUCCCUUUUUAAAAAAAAUAAAAUUUUAAACCCUUAGGGUUAAAACACAUCUUCACCCCUUUUUCUCAAAAAUUGAAAGGUUCUAAUCAUAAUAUCCGUACCAUUAAUAUGUUAUUUUCUAUCAUUUUGAAUCGUAUUUUAGGUAAUCGACGCCACAAUGAUGGGAAACGCUGCCCGCUUCAUCAAUCACUCAUGCAAACCCAACUGCACGGCCGAAACCAAAAUGGUGGAUGGAGUUAGGCGGAUCUACAUUUACUCGAAAUCGUGGAUUGACAAAGGCACUGAACUCACAUACGACUACAAGUUUCUGACCGAGGACGAGAAUGCCAUGAUGGAUUGUCUUUGUGGAGAGCACAAGUGCAGAAAAAGGUUAUAAUUUUGAAGUUUUUGACAAAAUUUGCAUACAACUUCGAAUUUCGAAUUUUUUUGAAAUUUUAAAAAAUUUUCUGAAUUUUGAAGUCAUGUUCUAAAAUUUUGUUUCGAGGUCAAUUUUGAAACAAAUUUGAAAUUUUAAAGCUGAUUCGAAUUGAAAUUCGAAUUUGUAUGCCAUUUUGAAAAUAGCCUAGUUGAAGGUCAAGUAGAAACGUACUGAAAGUUCAAAACUUGGGGAUUAAGAGUACAAAGUACUAUAUUGAGGUAUGGUAAUAUAAGGAUAAGAGUGCAAAACAUUAUACUGAGUUAUGUUAACUUGAGGUUAAGAGUGCAAAAAGUCAACUUACGGUCAAAAAAUGGUAAAAUGUUUGAUGCGAAAAGAAUGGCGCACGUUUUAUAAUGAUAAUAUGCUUUUAAAACACGAAAAAAUUGAUUGUAAAUCAACAUUUUUUGAUAUUGUGAUACGCUUACUGAAGCCUAGGAUGGAGGAAAACGUACAGUAUUUAGUGUGAUAACUUUACUGUAAUUUUACAUUAACUUAGGAUAUAUAAGGAUAUAUUAACUUAAGUAUUUGGAACUUUUUUUAGUUUUAAGGCCAUUUUUUGAGAAUUUGUAGCAAUAUUAACCUACUUUAAAUCCGUAUUUUAGAAAGUGUUUAACUUUUUUUUGUAUUUUUAACUAACUAUCAUAUGUUAUAGUAGGUAUUUUAAGUGUAACUUUGAAAUUUUAAGGAUUUUUAAUAUUUAAACACUUUAAAAAGUUAAUAAACGGUGUAUAAUGUAAAGGGUUACAUGUGACAUUUAUUACAGUAUAAUGAGUUACCGUACUCAAAGUCAAGAAAAUUGAAAACAUUACCUAUGGUUAAUAUAAUUAACUGCAGUACUAAAAUUCAAAAAACUUAACUUACAGUACCCAGGGGUUUGUUUUGGAAAAAAAAAUUAAACACAGUACUCAAACAAAAUUGAAUUACAGUACCCAUGGUUCAUAUGAUUAGCUACGGUACUCAAAAAAAAUUGACUUACAGUACUUUCUACGCAAAUUUGAUUGUUAAAACUUGUAAACCUGUAAAUUUUAACUUUUUUUAAUCGCAAUUCAGUCAAAAUCUGUAAAAUAUGUACCCUUGGUCAACCCAAAACCUGUACUUUUUUGUUCAAAGUCUAAACUUCUAACGAUUUUAAACCUCGAAAUAGCUGUAGAUCAGUCUUUUCGCACAAAUACCAAACCAAACUUGGUAAACGUACCAAAUUCAGGUACCAUAUACAUACUAAAACAUUGUGUCUAAUCAUAGAAUAACCGUCGUAGUGGUUUUUUUCGUCUAAAUUUAACUAUUUUUUUGCUUAUAUUUUACACUUUUUUGCAAUUUUUUGUUCGUUUUUGAAACUAAAGCUUGUGACAUUUGGAAAUAAAUUUGAAAAUUAAAGACUGCGGUUGUGGCCAAGGCAUGGUCAGAGGGCAGGGCAUUGACAAUUUUUUACGAUUUGUGUCUUGCUAUGCUCUGCAUAUAUGGAGAUAUGAUCUGGCGUAUUUUUGUGUGCGUGGGAGGGGGGGGGGAGGGAGUCAAAAGAUUUUUUUGUCUACAAAUAUCAACCUACCCGGCUGGGACACCUUAUUUCUCUUGCCUCUUUCAGCGAUUUCAUGAGUGCCAAUUAUAAUAAUCAUUGUUCAUUAGGUUUAGUGUUCCUAUUGACAUAAUUUGUAUUAACAGUUUUUUUUUGUUUUACUAACAUUUUUUAAUUUUCAGUUUGUCUGAAGAAGAGUCUGAAUGA